AUGCUGGGCAGCAGUCGCGCGCUGCAGGCAGCGGCGGCGGCGGCGGUGUCUAUGCAGAAGGCCCUGCCCUGGGAGAAUGCGGUGACGGCUGAGGAGGCGGUCAAAGUGCUGGGCAGCUUCUGGGGCACCACCUUUGCCCCCGGAGACGUGCUGGACCUGAGCGUUGACCAGAUGGAGGGCCUGCUGAGCGCCACCUCCACCGGCGCCGGCAGCAAGGUGCUGGACAACGCUCUGUUUGCGCACGCGGAGAGCGUGACGGGGCGCUUCUUCGGGCGCGACGUGUACUACCGAGGCAUCGUGGAGUUCAGCAACGUGUGCGAGAAUGACUGCGGCUACUGCGGCAUCCGCAAGCACCAGCGGCGGGCGCGGCGCUACACCAUGCCGCGCGACGAGGUGGUGGAGGUGGCCGACUGGGCGUUCAGGCACCGCCUGGGCACGCUCAUGCUGCAGUCGGGGGAGCUCAACACGCCCCAGCGCAUGAAGUACCUGACGGAUGUGGUGGCGGCGGUGAAGGAGCGCACGCGCGCGCUGGAUGCGGAGCAGAGGCUGGUGGACCCAGAGGCGCUGCCCAAGGACGCUGCGGGCGUGGGGCUGUGCGUGGCGCUGUCGGUGGGCGAGCUGCCGCGGGAGCAGUACCAGCAGCUCAAGGACGCGGGCGCCGACCGAUACCUGCUGCGCAUCGAGUCGUCCAACCCGCAGCUCUACGCAUCCAUCCACCCGCCAGCCCAGGCACGUGCCUCUGGCCCUGCACGCUUUCAUAAGUGGGAGAACCGGACGCGGUGCCUGCGGGACCUCAAGGACAUUGGCUUCAUGAUUGGCACGGGGGUGAUGGUUGGCCUGCCGGGCCAGACGCUGCGCGACCUGGCUGGCGACAUCAUGUUCUUCCGCGACCUUGGUGCAGACAUGAUUGGCAUGGGCCCCUACAUCACCGAGGCGGGCACCCCUGUGGCUGACAUGUGGGAGCAGCAGUUUGGGCACGUGGACAAGAAGAAGCACAUGCAGGACAUGCUGACGCUGACCACCCGCAUGAACGCCCUGGCCCGCAUCACCCUGGGCAACGUCAACAUCGCAGCCACCACCGCGCUGCAGGCCAUUGAUGCGGUGGGGCGGGAGGUUGCGCUGCGGCGGGGCGCCAACGUGCUGAUGCCCAUCCUCACCCCCACCAAGUACCGCGAACACUACACGCUGUACGAGGGCAAGCCGUGCAUCACCGACACGGCGGAGGAGUGCCAGAAGUGCCUGAACGCGCGGCUGGCCAUGGUGGACAAGAAGCUGAAGCCGGGGGUGUGGGGCGACCCGCCCUCCUUCAGAGACUCGGUGCACCCAGUGCCCAUGCAGGCCCAGGCUGCCGCCGCCGCCUCUGCCACCGGUGGCAGCAGGGGCCUGCGCACCUGGGCUCCCGUGUCGGCGGCGGCGGCGCGCGACGGCGGCCUGCACACCUGCAGCGCCACGGGGCAGCAGGCGGCGGCGGCGCCCGCGCCUGGCCGCGGCGCGGUGCUGGGCAUGGGCGGCGGCCCCGCCAAGGGCUCCGACGUGCCGCGCACCAACAUCGGCAUCUUUGGCUGCAUGAACGCCGGCAAGAGCAGCCUGAUGAACCGCGUCACCCGCAGCGAGACCAGCAUCGUGGACUCCACCCCCGGCACCACUGCCGACACCAAGGUGGUGCUCAUGGAGCUGCACGAUGUGGGGCCCGCAAAGCUCUUCGACACGGCCGGCAUCGACGAGGAGGGGGCGCUGGGGGAGAAGAAGCGGCGCAAGGUGCUGAGCGUGAUCAAGGAGACGGAUGUGGCGGUGGUGGUGGUGGAUGUGGGGCGCUUCCUAGAUACCCCGGCGGACCGGCUGCCUGCGGCGCUGGCUUGGGAGCGCCUGCUGCUGGACAAGGCUGCCGCAGCGGGCAGCAGCCCCGUGCUGGUGUACAACACCAAGCUGGGCGGGGCAGGGGCCGGCGCAGGGCCCGAGGCGGCGGCGGCAGCGGUGGACCGCCUGCAGGCAGCGCUCAACCCCACCGGUGCCAUCAUGUCGCGCCAGCUGCAGCUCAGCCGGGAGGAGGCGAGCGACGCGCUGGCAGAGUUCCUGCAGGAGGCGGCGGCCGCCGCCAAGCAGCACGACGCGCCGCGCAGCCUGCCGGACGAGUUCCUGUCGGAGGACGCCAUGGUGUUCCUCAACAUCCCGAUGGAUGCAGAGACCCCCUCCAUGCGCCUGCUGCGCCCUCAGGCGCUGGUGCAGGAGGAGGCGAUCCGCCACUUUGCCUCCACCAUCGCCUAUCGCAUGAACCUGGCGCACGCGCGCAGCUCCGACCCCGAGCUUGUGCAGCGCGAGCGCGCCCGCUUCCUGCGCGCCCUGCAGCCGGUGCUGGCCCACCAGGGCCCCAAAAUCAUCAUCACCGACUCGCAGGCGAGGCGGGCAGGCAGCGGGCGGCCCUGUGGGACGGCGGUGGACAUCCUGCACCCCUGGACGCUGGACCCAGCCACCGGCGACGAGCUGGUGCCCUUCACCACAUUCAGCAUCGCGAUGAUCCACCGCCAGAGCCGAGGCCAGCUGCCGCUGUUUGUGAGGGGCCUGGAGCGGUUCAAGAGCCUGCGGGCGGGGGACAAGGUCCUAGUGGCUGAGGCGUGCAACCACAACCGCAUCACAGACAUUUGCAACGAUAUUGGCAUGGUGCAGAUCCCGGAGAAGAUUGAGGCGCAGGGCGGGCGGGGCGUAGUGGUGGACCAUGCCUUUGGGCGGGAGUUCCCGGAGCUGGACGCGGAAGAGCACUGUGUGAAUGCUGUGCUGCAGGAGGCGGGCGUGCCGGUAACAAACUACGGGCUGCUGCUGUCCUAUGCGCACUCGCCCGCGGCGCUGGAGAGAGCCAUGAAGCCCUGGGGCCUGCGUAUGUGA